AUGGACUCAGACGAGAAAAACCUUCUGGCGCGACACAGAGAACCAACUUUUCUUGCGCUAUCUAUCUAUCUAUCUAUCUAUCUAUCUAUCUAUCUAUCUAUCUAUCUAUCUAUCUAUCACACAUGCAACACACUCACACACGCACACAUACACGCAUUUACAAUUGAAAGGACCGGGAUGUGCGUAUUGCUCUACCAUCUAUCUAUCUAUCUAUCUAUCUAUCUAUCUACAUUUUAUGCUAUCGGUCUACUUCCUCCAAAAUUUGUGAGUUUCCCACUACGCCCACCCCAACCCAUUCUCAUCCCUUUUCUAGAAGACGUAAUCGACCCAGCCCUUCCAGAUUUUCUGAGCAUUCCGUUACCCCCACCAAUUCUCAUCCCUUUUCUGGAAAACGUAAUCGACCCACCCCUUCCAGAUUUUCUCAUCAUUCCACUACCCCCACCAACUCUCAUCCCUUUUCUAAAAGACGUAAUCGACCCACCCCUUCCAGAUUUUCUGAGCAUUCCCAUACCCCCACCAAUUCUCAUGCCUUUUCUAGAAGACGUAAUCGACCCACCCCUUCCAAACUUUCUGAGCAUUCCCAUACCCCCACCAAUUCUCAUCCCUUUUCUAGAAGACGUAAUCGACCCAGCCCUUCCAGAUUUUCUGAGCAUUCCGCUACCCCCACCAAUUCUCAUCCCAUUUCUAGAAGUCGUAAUCGACCCACCCCUUCCAGAUUUUCUGAGCAUUCCGCUACCCCCACCCAUUCUCAUCCCUUUUCUAGAAGUUCUAAUCGACCCACCCCUUCCAAACUUUCUGAGCAUUCCCCUACCCCCACCAAUUCGCAUGCCUUUUCUAGAAGACGUAAUCGACCCACCCCUUCCAGAUUUUCUGAUCAUUCCGCUACCCCCACCCAUUCUCAUCAUUUUCUAG